AGUGCCUCUCAAACUUUAAUCUAGUGGAUAUUACCACUGUGUUUUAGUGUUAAAUCGAAAGGCAAUUUUGCCUUUAAAACCAGCAAAAUUGCGGGGCAAAACGCAAGAAUGCAAAACAUUGCGAAGCUGAUAUCGGAGCAGCUACGCAAUCCAAAUGAGCUGGACAUCAGCCUCCGAAUGGAGUUCGGUCCGUUCGAGACCGUACACAAAUGGAAACGUAUGUCCGAGUGUUAUGAAUUUGUUGGGGCAAGACGAAGCAAGCACACAGCGAUAGCAUACAAAGAUGCAAUAUACGUGUUUGGGGGGGAUAAUGGCAAAUCCAUGUUGAACGAUCUUAUUCGGUUUGACAUUAGAGAAAAGUCCUGGACUAAGACUGGCUGCAUGGGCACACCUCCUGCGCCGAGAUACCACCAUUCUGCCGUGGUGUACAGAUCGUCAAUGUUCGUGUUCGGCGGCUACACAGGGGACAUCCUGGCCAACUCCAACUUGACCAAUAAGAAUGAUCUCUUCGAGUACAAGUUUCACAGUGCUCAGUGGGUGCAAUGGAAAUUCACUGGACAAGAACCAGUUCCUCGUUCAGCACACGGCGCCGCAGUGUACGACGACAAGUUGUGGAUAUUCGCUGGCUACGAUGGUAACGCUCGCCUCAAUGACAUGUGGACCGUUAAUUUGACCGGUGAAAACCACCAAUGGGAGCGCGUAGAACAGAAAGGGCAAUGCCCCCCAACGAGCUGCAAUUUUCCCGUGGCUGUUGCCCGUGGCAAGAUGUACGUCUUCAGCGGCCAGAGUGGCGCUAAGAUCACCAACGCGCUGUUCCAAUUUGACUUCGAAUCACUCACAUGGAGCCGUGUGUGCACCGAACAUCUUCUCCGUUGUGCCGGACCGGCGCCGGCUCGACGGUACGGACACGUCAUGUUGGCGCACGGACGACAUCUAUACGUCUUUGGGGGAGCAGCUGAUAAUACUCUGCCAGCUGAUUUGCACUGUUACGAUUUAGAUACUCAAAUGUGGUCCGUGGUCCACACAGCAGGUGAUUCGCAAAUCCCAUCAGGCAGACUGUUUCACGCAGGCGCAGUGGUCGGCGAUGCUAUGUACAUCUUCGGUGGUACCGUUGACAAUAAUGUUAGAAGUGGAGAGCUGUUCCGGUUUCAGUUGUCAAACUACCCUCGCUGCACCCUACACGAUGACUUCGGUCGCAUCCUAAAAUCACAACAGUUCUGUGACAUCACUCUGCUAGUCGGCCCGGAGCAAGUACCCGUGGUAGCUCAUCAAGCUAUGUUGGCUGCUCGCUCACAGUAUUUAAGGGCUAAAAUCAAAGAAGCUCGUGAAGAGCUAGAGAAACGCAUAGAAGCAGGCGAAGAGAAAGCGUCUGAAGUCACGUACAAGUCGAAGCCACAGCUCACCGUAAAACUGACUGAAGCCACACCCGAAGCCUUCCGGAUGGUGCUCAACUACAUUUACACGGAUAGAAUUGAUCCUACUGAGAAAGACGAAGACCCAGCCUCGCCAGCCACAAUCCUUCUAGUAAUGGAAGUACUGCGACUCGCCUUCCGCCUUAACAUCCCACGACUGCGUGGUCUCUGCGCAAGAUUCCUUCGCGCCAAUUUGUGCUACAGCAAUGUCCUGCAGGCGUUACACGCCGCGCAUCACGCUAACUUGCAUUGUAUUAAGGAGUAUUGUCUUAGGUUCGUGGUAAAGGACUAUAACUUCACACCAAUCGUGAUGUCAGCGGAAUUCGAAGCGAUGGAGCAAUCACUAAUGGUCCAGGUUAUCCGACGCCGGCAACAGCCGCCGGCCAAACAGCCGCCUGCGCUGCAUCACGACUGCGACGAGGAGAUCAUUGGGACAACACUAGAACAAGACAUGUGCGUAUUUGUAAGCAGCGGCGGCGCCGAACUAGCUGACGUAAAGCUUCGAGUGGGAUCCACUAUGAGGCCGGGACAUCGUUCCAUAUUAGCAGCUAGAGCCGCUUAUUUUGAAGCAAUGUUCAGAUCUUUUUCACCAGAAGAUAAUAUAGUUAACAUUCAAAUCUGCGACACAAUACCCUCGGAGGAAGCCUUCGACUCUUUACUCCGGUACGUUUACUACGGCGACACCAAUAUGCCUACUGAAGAUUCACUCUAUUUAUUCCAAGCGCCCAUCUAUUACGGCUUCACAAACAACCGCCUGCAAGUUUUCUGCAAACACAAUCUGCAAAGCAACGUGACUCCGGAGAACGUCCUCGCUAUAUUACAAGCCGCGGACAGAAUGCGAGCGGCGGAUAUCAAAGAAUACGCACUUAAAAUGAUUGUACAUCAUUUUGGAUCAGUAGCGAGGCAAGACGCGAUAAAAAACCUUCCCCAGCCGCUCCUAGUGGAUAUAAUUUGGGCAAUAGCGGAAGAGCAACAAUUGGACGCCCCUCUGCCGUUGCAACCUCGGUCUCUGCCUUCGUCGUCCUCCGCUGACACUCUCACUGACGACCCCGACUAUGUACGCCAUCGAUGCGGGAAAUAAACACUACCACCACUAUCAAUUAUGUUAAUCCAUACAUAAAGGUACCCUGCAUCACAUCGCAGCCUUUAUACAAUAAUGCAGUAUUGCAGAAUACUACGAUUUUGAAUUAUCCAUACAGCGGUGAGCAGAACAAGGGAAACUUUAUCCGGGAUUGAAACUUUAUAAGGGAAAGUCAUCGUAAAUCGGUUUUUAAAUUAGCUUAUUUCCUGAACUUAAACAAGUUUAAAAACGCAAGAACUCAAAAUCGACUAACACAAUUAAUUAUUAUUUGACUUAAUAAAAUCGGUGGGCGAACGGUUAAGAAUCUUGACAUUGGAAUUCCUGGUUGAACCAAUUAAGGAAAUUAUUAACCAUUAAUAGUACAGUCAGCGUCAAAAUUGUCUUUUUUUUAUUUAACAUU